AUGAAUAAACAAAGAGGAACCUACUCCGAAGUGAGUCUGGCCCAGGACCCAGGGAGGCAGCAAAGGAAACUUAAGGGCAAUAAAAGCUCCAUUUCAGGAACCGAACAGAAAAUAUCCCAAGUAGAAUUAAACCUUCAAAAUGCUUCUUCAGAUCAUCAAGGGAAUGACAAGACAUAUCACUGCAAAGGUUUACUGCCACCUCCAGAGAAGCUCACUGCUGAGGUCCUGGGAAUCAUUUGCAUUGUCCUGAUGGCCACUGUGUUAAAAACAAUAGUUCUUAUUCCUUUACUGGAGCAGAACAAUUUUUCCCUGUAUACAAGAAUCCAGAAAGCAUAUGAUUGUGGCCAUUGUCCUGAGGAGUGGAUUACAUAUUCCAACAGUUGUUAUUACAUUGGUAAGGAAAAAAGAACUUGGGAAGAGAGUUUGCUGACCUGUGCUUCAAAGAACUCUAGUCUGCUUUCUAUAGAUAAUGAAGAAGAAAUGCAACUUCUGGGCUCCCUGUCAGUUCUCUCAUGGGUUGGUGUCUCUCGUAGCAGCAGUGAUCAUCCAUGGGUGUCAAUAAAUGGCUCAAUGUUCAAAUUGAAGAUAGCAGAAUCAGAUAUUGGAAAACAUAACUGUGUAAUGCUGUGCUCAUCUGGCCUUAAAUCACACAGAUGUGGAUCUUCACAACUGUAUACUUGUAAGCAUAAACUUUGGAAUUAA